AUUGAAAAAUAUAAUAACUGUGAGGUGUGGGUGAUUGCCAAUCACACUAACCUAAAACCUGUUAUUAUUAACCUAUUUAGUUAUUAUUAAAAAAAUAAUUAUGAAUGUUUUCAAGCUUUGGAUACAUUGGAUGAAUUGAAGUUUACUCCUACUCUAAAUGUAAUUCUCAAGAAAUUAUUCGAUUGUCAAGCUGAAGUUAUUUGAUUGUCAAACUGAAUUCAUCAACUAUCUUGACUGAGUUAUAGGUUCUAAACUGGACAAGGAAGUCAAUAUUUUACGAUGGCUUUUAUGGAUGGUCAUCAUAACAAACUAGGUUUUGUUCCACACACGGUUUUGGAGAUGGCUGAGCCAGAAGAGGAGUGUGAAUUGCAACAGCUGGUGCCCUGUGAGGAGGACCGCCGCUCAGGAGACAGGUAUGGGGAGGGGGAGGUGACUCCUCCCGUCAGUCCAGCAGUCAGCAAACUGUCGCAGACGUCCGUAACCAAUGUCAACGUCAGCUCUACUGGCAGUCACAAGGACAGGUCGUCUCCUGGUGGGGCGCAUGGAAAUUCACCAGCAGCUGGCAUGACAAGCCUGAGGGCUCCGGCCAGCCACGCCUCUUCCAGCUCAAGGUCAUUGAGCAGAAUUGCAACUGUUCCUAGCAUUAAUAGCAAUACCGGAGGAUCAGGUACCCGCUUAUCUUACGUUAAUGAAAAAAUGAACACCAGACCACAAAAGUCUUCACAAGGAUCACUGUCACGUCCCCAUAUGAAACGAGUGAAUACGGCUCCGUUAGAUAGGUCCAUUCACCAUCACUGUUUUCUGUCAGAUGUCACCGAUGUGCGGCGCAUGGAGACAGCUCUACUGCAUCUGCUAGAAGAUUUCCACUCCGGCAAGCUCCGAGCUUUUGGCAAAGACUGCAGCAUGGAGCAGAUGACCGGCAUCCGGGAGCAGCAGGAGAGUCUGGCCAAGUUGCAUUUCGAGCUGGGCGCUCAGCAGGAGUUGUUCGCGCCGCUCAGUGCCGAGGGCCUCAGCCAGGGAGCCGACAACAUGACUCGUCUCAUGGCCAGCCUGGAGCGGCUCAGUGAGAGCAUUGAGAAGCUGCACUCCUUCAACAGCUAGUCCAACAUGACCACAUUUGCUCGUUAUCGUUUGCUGCAUUUUGAAUACUCCUGCAUGGAAUUUUUAUUGUGGCAAUGUAAAGUUUAUACAUUCAAUUGAGUCUCAUAGUGUAAUACAUGAAUCAUUCGACUGAGUCACUGUUAAUGUUGUAGAACCGUUCCAUAAUGAAAUAAAAACACUCAUAUAUUGUCAAAUUCUACACAGUUUGAUUUGUUACAGGACCAUGGUUUCCUGACCACACAGGUCACAUUUUCAAGCUGUACCAAAUAAAACUGUGUAGAAUUUGACAAUAUAUGUGUGUUUUUAUUUCAACAUGAAUCAUUGUUCUCUAAGCUCGUUUCUGCCAAGAAGUGUGGAAUAUUGACAGAAUGAUGUUGAUGGAUUAAAGUGAGAUAACAGUGCUAUAAUAUUUUAACUAGAAUUACAAGUGCCGGUUGCACAAAAGAAUUAAUCUCACGAGAACCAAUCAGAGAAGCCUUUUUUCGAAAAAGCCUUCUCUGAUUGGUUUUUGUGAAAUUGAUCAAGAUUAAAAUGUUAUCGGCUUUUGUAAAACCAGGCCCUAGUGUAAUAUUUGAACCAUUGUCCUGAAAGCUCUUACUGUCGAUGGUAAGAAGCAUAGUUGGAAAUUGUAUUAAUAAUUUGAGUACCCUCACAUUUUUAUACAUGUUCUGAAUAUUACUGAUUUUAAGUAACGUAGAUUAUUUUGACAAUUUGUUCAUAAAUAUUUGUAUAGAGGAGAGCAUUGAUGAGAAGUCCUCUUGGUGAACAGCUAGUCCAACAUCACAUUGUGAACCAUUGUUCUGAAAAUUCCUACUGUUAUUGCUAAUUAUAUGUUGUUACACUAAAACGAUUCAAGUGAGUCUACAGUGAAAUGCAUGAACAAGUGCUCUGUAAGGUUUUACUGUUUCAGCUAAGAAAAAUAGAACAUUUUCACAUAAUGUUUAUCCAUAAAUAAUCAAUCUAGAAGACAAAAUUGAAAAUUCUCACUUCUUUUAGCUAGUCUACAUGAUUUAGUGAAAAAUUAUUUUCAAAGUUCCUUUUUCUACGGCUGAGAAUUUUACGAAUGGCAAGUUAUUAAUGAUGGUGAGUCUCACUGGGCAAAAUUUAUAAACGGUUCUUAUUAUAAUUUAUUUAUACUGCAACAAUAAAGAUGUAUUCUAAUUGUAGGAAAGUACUUGAAUAUGAUAGACUAGACUGUCUAUAAUACCUUUGUUAUAGUAGCUUCAAUGAAAAAUUUAUUCAAUAUUGUUUAUUGAUUUAAUCUUUAUGAGUCUAUCCACUUUUGUUGAUUCUGUUUAGUACCUAUAAUAUUUCGAGUGACUAAAAAUCUUGCCAAUUAUUAUACAAUUUCAUUUCAAUUUUUAGAGAAUAAUUAUUCAUUUCAGAGAAAAUGUUUCAAUAAUAUUAUAGAGAUUGCAAGUGAUAACUUAGAAUAUUGAAUCGAUACAUUUUUUUAUGAUAAUGUUGGUUGACCCACCCAACAAGAAUAUUAUUCAUAGGUGCAUUGUGAAUAUCAGAUAUAUAUCUGUAAAUAUGAAUAAAUUGAAUAGCUAUUAUAAUUAGGAUUUUUAUAUUGAUUAAUGUGAUAUUCUGUGAAGCUUCUUAUGCCAUCUAAGCUGAUCUUGCAUGCUUCAAGAUUUUUUUAAAGUUUGUUGUUAAUCCAAUGAACUACUGUCAAAAAGUUGAAUGCAAUCAACAUAAAUGAGAGAAUAAAAUUUAUUAUAAAGUUGAA